AUGCAGUCAACGCAAGCAAUUCAAUUGCUUGUCAAAGCUGUUCAGUAUGAUGUUGCUGGACGGAAGCUAGAAGCACUUAAGCUCUACGAAGAUGGUUGUCAAGAACUACUAAAGCUCUGCAAAUCAGAACCUAAUUCAGAGAAGAAGAAACACUUCAACAUGAAAUUGGAUGAAUAUUUGACACAAGCGGAGAAGCUUAAGAAGCUCAUUCACAGUUGGGGAAGUAAAGGAGAGAUUCGUGACAAAAUCCACAUUCCUGAGAAUGCAACGAACUUUGGAUAUGAUAGAAUUUUUGGAAAAUAUCUCACAGAGGAUGUUGAAGAGAUUUUGAUCGAAGAACCUUACAUAAAAGACUUUUACCAAUUAAUGAACUUAGUAAUGUUCUGUGAAUUAGCUGUGAGUAAAUGCCGGAAUCUAAAGUGCAUUAAAGUGACGACUAACAAGGAUCCGAACGUAAACUCUGAGCAAAAUAAAGGAUUUUCAUCAUUAACCGAAAGCCUUUCAAAGCACGGAAUUUGCCUGUUUGUAGACCUUGUGAACAAUCUUCACGACCGACAGGUUCUCUUAAAUAAUGGAUUUAUCAUCAAAAUAGGUCGCGGCUUAAAUUAUUUCAAACCAUUACAAAACAGAGUAUCACUAGGAGCUUACAACUUCAAUUUCCGAGAAUGUCGAGAAACAAAUGUUGAUGUUUUAUAUUUUCCUGAGAAUUAUAAGACUAAUAAAUAA